AUGAGCUCGCUCACCAAGGACUGCCUUUCCGAGCGCGACCGGCAAGUGUUGGAAUCAAUUUUAAAUCCAUCACAAAUCGGUGGGGAAGAAUAUUUGCUCCAAGAAGAGGAAAAGCAUUUGGAAGACGUUCAAGAUGUUAAUGGCGCAGAUGAUCCUCGUAUCAAGGAAUCUAUACGCCAGGAAAUAGAAGCAAUCACCCUUGCUGGAAAUGGAAACUUUACCGAAGCACUCGAUUUACUCGGGAAAUCUAUCGAAUCUGCUCCAGAACGUCCAGCUCCAUGGAACAAUCGUGCACAAGUAUACAGAUUGUUAGGAAAAGAAAACGACGCCUUGCUGGACAUCGAAAAAGCAUUGGAGCUUUCAAAUCAAUCUGGAAGAACCGGCUGCCGAGCGUUGUGCCAACGCGGAAUAAUGAAGCGCAAAAACGACGACAUUGACGGGGCGCGACAAGACUUCGAAGCAGCUGCUAAGCUGGGCAGCAAGUUUGCUCGCACCCAGCUGAUCGAGUUAAAUCCAUUCGCAGCGCUGUGUAAUCAAAUGCUCCGAGAGGUGAUGAAAUUUUAG